AUGGGCGAGGCCUAUGGAAAUUAUUCUUCUGGUCCGGACCUCGAUAUUCUGCCAAUGAUCGACAUUGCGAACAUAGCAUGUGGAUUUCAUGGAGGUGAUCCCAUUGUUAUGACUGAGACGGUGCGAAAUUGCAAGAAUCAUAAAGUCCGGUGUGGUGCUCAUCCAGGUCUGCCAGAUAUUCAAGGCUUUGGUCGUCGCGAGAUGAAGCUGUCCCUCGAGGAAUUUACGGCAAUUACCGUGUAUCAGGUUGGCGCACUUAAAGGAUUUCUUGAUCGGGAAAACAUCCCCUUGAACCACGUCAAGCCCCAUGGCGUACUAUACGGGAUGAUGUGUCGUGACUAUGAGAUUGCGAAGGCUGUCAUGAAGGGUAUUCCAGAUGGUGUUCCGAUCAUUGGUCUUCCUAAUACGAAAAUGGAGCAUGCGGCGAAUGAUUUAGGCAUUCCUUUCAUGGCGGAACUAUACGGCGAUGUGAAGUACACUAAGGAUGGGUAUCUGAAGCUUGACCGCAAAAAGCAACCAUGGAAUAUUGAAGACGUGAGGACACAUGUCACUCAACAGCUUAACGAGGAAGGGGUAACUUCGGUUGACGGCAACUUUGUGCCAUUGCCCGUGAAGGACUACCCUGUUACCAUCUGCUGCCAUUCAGACUCCCCGGGCUGCUUGGAUAUUAUCAGGACAACAAAAGAGGUCAUUAAUGAAUAUAACAGGUGA